AUGACUUUCACACCUGACUUUGACGCCAUUGUGGUGGGUGCCGGCUUCGGCGGUAUCUACAUGACCAAGAAGCUUGUGGACCAGGGGCUCUCGGUAAAGGUAAUCGAGGCGGCGCCAGAUGUCGGGGGAACGUGGUAUUGGAAUCGAUAUCCAGGCGCGAUGUCAGACACGCGCUCCUUUCUCUACCGCUACUCUUGGGACCUCGAGGACCUCUGCCAGUACCCCUGGGAUCGAGAAUAUUUAAACCAACCGCAGGUGUUGGUUUACCUCCAGCAUGUCGUUGACCGCCAUCACCUUCGACAAUAUAUGCAAUUCAACACGGAGAUGAAAGCCGCAUCGUGGAACAGCGAACGGAACGCCUGGAUGGUCGAUGUCUCCCCCGAUCAAAAGCUGACCUCCCGCUAUCUCGUGACCGCGGUGGGACUCUUAUCCAGGCAAAACUAUCCCGAUAUUCCCGGAAUCCGCUCCUUCCAAGGCGAAAUGUACCAUACUGGUAGCUGGCCCGCUUCUCACGACUUCCGCGACAAGCGGGUUGGAGUCAUCGGAAACGGAUCAACCGGCGUUCAACUGGUGACCGCGCUGGCAAGCGAGGCAAAGCAUCUGAUAUCCUUCCAGAGAAAUCCGCAGUACGUGGUGCCGGCUGGGAACCGGGAGGUACCCCCGGAGGCGCGUCAACGCCUCAAUCAAUGCUGGGAGCAGACCUGGAGCGAGGCCAAGCACAGCAUGUUUGGGUUUGGAUUUCGAGAGAGUGCCAUUCCAACCUUCAGUGUGAGUGAAGAAGAGCGAGAGAGGAUCUUCGAGGAAGCCUGGGAGUAUGGAAGCGGCUUCUACUUCAUGUUCGGCACAUUCUGCGACAUCUCCUACAACGAAGACGCCAACCGAGCGGCUGCCGACUUUAUUCGGCGGAAGAUUCAGCAGACAGUGAAAGAUCCUAUCAAAGCGCAGAAACUGAUGCCGACGGGAUGGUUCGCCCGCCGGCCACUGUGUGACACUGGCUACUAUGAAAAAUUCAACCAGCCCAACGUGGAUAUUGUCAAUGUCAAUUCCAACCCUAUCACUGAGGUCACCGAGAACAGUGUUCGCACCGCUGAUGGCACCGCGUACGAAGUGGACGUCAUUAUCCUCGCGACAGGGUUUGAUGCCGUUGACGGCAGCUACAAACGGAUCCCCAUCCACGGGUCCUCGGGUCAGACGCUGAGGGGAAAUUGGAAAGAUGAGCCCAAAUCGUACCUGGGUAUAUCCGCGCCCGGUUUCCCCAACCUCUUGAUGAUCCUGGGACCUAAGGGACCGUUCACCAACUUACCGCCGCUCAUCGAAGCUCAGGUCGAGUUUAUCGCGGGCCUAAUCGCCCAAGCGAACCAGGCGGCUUCCUGCAAACCACGGAUUGAGGCGGACACCGAUGCCAUGAUGCAAUGGUGUCAAACAUGCGAUGAGCUUAGCGCGGGGAGUCUGUUCCGGAAGACCGACUCGUGGAUCUUUGGAGCCAAUGUGCUCGGCAAGAAGAAGGCGGUAUUGUUCUAUUUUGGCGGAUUGGCGAAUUAUCGAAAGGUAUUGGAGGGGACCGUCCAGGGUGGAUACAUGGGGUUUAAGCCAUUCUAA